CCACACGACUAUGAGCUAUCAUGAUGACUCCAGGUCAUCCUCAUCCCAGGACGGCGUCCACAAAGAGAAUAUAGUUCUGCUCCAAGAGUGUGAGCUGGAUUCUGUGAUCGAUCUGGAGAACCAGAACAAGGAGAAGACAUGCAGCAAGUCACCCCUGGGGCUUGCGAUCUGGAUAGCCGUGAACAUCUUCGCCACUAUCGGUAUUGUCUUUUCCAACAAGUCCAUCUUCUCGAAUCCAGCACUACGAGGCGCGCAACUAACGUUCGCCUGUUUCCACUUACUUGUCACUUUCACAACGCUCCACAUCGCUUCCACCGCUCGAUUGGGAUACUUCGAACGUCAGAGGACGAGCUUUCGAUGCAUACUCCCUCUGAGUGCCGCCAUGUGUCUCAACAUCGUUCUACUCAAUAUCUCUUUGGCCUUUUCUUCUAUCGUGUUCUAUCAGACCUGCCGGAUCUUGCUCACACCGGUCACUGCGACAUUGAAUUAUGCGAUUUACAGAAAGAAGAUUCCUAUACAGGCAGCCUGCGCCUUGAUACCCGUGUGCAUCGGAGUCGGGGCUGUAUCAUACUACAGCGUCAGGCCAGACGCUGACGCCCAAGGUACUAACGUGUUAGGAGCAAUUCUCGCAUUUUCAGGAGUGCUCACAAGUGCCGUCUUCACGAUCUGGGUCAGUGAGUAUCAUUCCAGACUGCAAAUGACCAGCCACCAAUUGCUCUACAACCAAAGUCUGUGCGGCGCUCUAUUACUGUUCUACUUCAUUCCAUACUCCGACACCUUUCCCAGGUGGAGCCAGGUCUCGUCAAUACAUUGGACCCUUAUAGCAUUCAGUCAUUCACUUAUCUUUUACAGANGUGGUCUCUGUGCUGCAGCCAUCAACUUGUCUCAAUUCAAUAUCAUAAAUCAAGCUGGUCCAGUCGGCAGUACUGUAGUGGGCCAUGCGAAAACCCUCUCGAUCGUUGCUCUAGGCUGGAUUACUCUUGGAGGCGAUAUGAAUGACAAAAGCAUACUAGGAGCUGUCAUUGCUUUUGGUGGUAUUGUUCUG